AUGAUUUCGUGGCACGACCUUUACAAAGUCUUGACGGCGGUGGUGCCGCUGUACGUGGCCAUGAUCUUAGCCUACGGCUCCGUCCGGUGGUGGAAGAUCUUCUCCCCCGACCAGUGCUCCGGCAUCAACCGCUUCGUCGCGAUAUUUGCCGUCCCCUUGCUCUCCUUCCACUUCAUCUCCACCAACGACCCCUACACCAUGAACUUCCGGUUCAUCGCCGCCGAUACCCUCCAGAAAAUCAUCAUGCUCUUUGCCCUCGGCCUCUGGACCAACUUCACCCGCAACGGCAGCCUCGAGUGGAUGAUUACAAUUUUCUCCCUCUCUACUCUCCCCAACACUCUCGUCAUGGGGAUUCCGCUGUUAAUCGCCAUGUACGGCCAUAAAAUCCCGGAAUCCGGCAGCCUCAUGGUGCAGGUGGUGGUACUGCAGUGCAUCAUCUGGUACACUCUCCUCCUCUUCCUCUUCGAGUACCGUGGCGCCAAGCUUCUAAUCAUGGAGCAGUUCCCGGAGACCGCCGCCUCCAUCGUCUCCUUCAAAGUCGACUCCGACGUCGUAUCGCUCGACGGUCGCGAUUUUCUCGAGACCGACGCCGAAAUCGGCGACGACGGAAAGCUCCACGUCAAGGUCCGGAAGUCCAACGCAUCAAGGCGGUCACUCUCCGCAAUGACCCCUCGGCCGUCGAACCUCACCGGCGCCGAGAUUUACAGCCUGAGCUCCUCCCGAAACCCGACGCCGAGAGGCUCCAAUUUCAACCCCUCCGAUUUUUACUCCAUGAUGGGAGUCCAAGGGUUCAACACCCGGCACUCCAAUUUCGGACCCGCCGACUUGUAUUCGGUUCAGUCCUCCCGCGGUCCGACUCCCCGACCCUCCAAUUUCGAAGAGAAUUGCGCCGCUCAGACCGUUACGUCUCCCCGGUUUGGGUUUUAUCCCGCGCAGACGGUACCCGCGUCGUACCCGGCUCCUAAUCCGGAGUUCUCGGCACCCAUAGCUAAAAGUAACAGCAAAAAUCAGCAGCCGCCGCCGCAGCCCCAAGUGGAGGCGCCACCGGUUUCGAAUAGUGCUAUUGCUAAAACGAAUAGUCAUCACGAUGCUAAAGAGCUCCACAUGUUUGUAUGGAGCUCCAGCGCGUCCCCGGUUUCCGAUGGCGGUGGGCUUCAUGUUUUUGGCGGGAACGAUUCCAGUGCGGCCGAGCAAUCUGGACGGUCCGAUCAGGGCGCCAAGGAGAUAAGAAUGAUUGUUGCUGAUCACCCCCAAAACGGAGAAAACAAAGCGGCAGUUCCGGAGAGUGCGCCGACGGCGGAGGGGUACGGCAGGGAAGCGUUUAGCUUCGGCGGGAGGGGCGGCGAGGGAGAGGAGGCUGAGAGGGAAAGAGCGGGACCCACAGGUCUUACUAAGCUGGGGUCAAACUCCACUACGGAGCUGCACCCAAAGGGCGGCGCACUUGGUGAUCCUCAUGAGUCAAGUGUCGGAAAGCAAAUGCCUCCCGCGAGCGUUAUGACCCGUCUGAUCUUGAUCAUGGUGUGGCGGAAGCUUAUCCGCAAUCCCAACACGUAUUCGAGCCUCAUUGGUCUCAUCUGGUCUCUCAUCGCUUUCCGGUGGCAUGUGGAGAUGCCGAGAAUAGUAGAAAAGUCCAUUUCCAUACUAUCUGAUGCUGGCCUUGGAAUGGCUAUGUUCAGCUUAGGUCUUUUUAUGGCACUUCAACCCAAGAUAAUAGCAUGUGGGAACUCAGUUGCCGGAUUUGCAAUGGCAGUAAGGUUCCUCACUGGCCCCGCCGUCAUGGCUGCCGCCUCCAUUGCUGUUGGCCUCCGUGGCACCCUCCUCCACUUAGCUAUUGUCCAGGCUGCUCUUCCUCAAGGAAUUGUUCCCUUUGUAUUUGCCAAGGAGUACAAUGUUCAUCCAGCCAUUCUUAGCACUGGGGUUAUUUUCGGAAUGUUGAUAGCUUUACCAAUUACUUUGGUCUACUACAUUCUUCUGGGAUUGUAAAUGUUGUUGUCACAGAAGCACAUAUGGAGAUACACAAAGCUAGGAAAACGAAGAAGAGGCUUCCAAUCGUAUGUUCGUGGCCGUGCAUAUAUGAUCAAAAUGUGUCACUCUUUGAAACCGACGAGGAUUUUCUGGCAGAGAAGAAGUUUAGCUAGCUAGAUUAAGUACGAUGGAGAACGAAGAAUCCGUCGAGGUUUGAAGGUGUUUUAAUCCAAAUUUUUGGGAGCAAAUUAAUAGAUUUUGACUUUAUGUAAUUAAGAAAAAAGCCCUGUUUUUAAGGACUAUGCUCCCAUGAGAGGCCUAAGUGUGUCUAAAUUUGUGGGAGAGCUUGUUGGGAGGGAGCAAAACGCACAAGAGGAAAACAGGGAAGAAAAGCAGAUGAUUUAUUAUUUAAUUAAUCAAUUUCGCUUCGUUGCGUCACGCAUUUGUUGUUGUUUACAGUGAUGAGAUUAUUUCAGGCAAAAUUCGUCCUUUACCAUAUAAAAGAAGUGGCGGUUGAAAUUAGUUCAUGAAUAUAUGGACGACAAAGGAUUAGGGGACAAAAUUACUAAACAAUGAUUAAUUUUUUAAUA